AUGACAGGUCAAAUGCCAAGACUUUCUAAGGUCAACUUUCCCUCGGCUGAGCAACAGAAAAAAUCACAGGUAAAGAAGAGUGGUCUAGUUGUGGUGAAAAACAUGAAGAUUAUUGGUCUUCAUUGUUCCAGUACAGACUUGCAUGCUGGCCAGAUUGCACUCAUUAAACAUGGAUCAAGACUUAAAAACUGUGAUCUUUAUUUUUCCAGAAAACCAUGUUCGACUUGUUUAAAAAUGAUUGUAAAUGCUGGGGUGAACAGGAUUUCUUACUGGCCUGCAGAUCCUGAAAUCAGCUUGCAGACCGAGGCUUCCAAUCCCAUGACUACUGAUGAUGCAAAGCUAGAUGCCAAAGCAGUAGAAAGACUGAAGUCAAAUAGUCGUGCUCGUGUGUGUGUGUUGCUUCAGCCCUUGGUGUGCUAUAUGGUGCAAUUUGUUGAAGAAACUUCCACCAAGUUUGAUUUUAUUCAAAAAAUAGCAAAAUCUCGGCCUAACUCGAAUACUGACUUUUAUACUGCAUGUAGACAAGAGAGAAUAAAAGAGUAUGAAAGUUUAUUCCUAAUUGCAAAUGAGGAAACGCACAAGCAAAUACUGAUGACAAUGGGACUGGAGAACCUCUGUGAAAAUCCAUACUUCAGCAACCUUAGGCAAAAUAUGAAAGAUCUUGUCUUGGUCUUGGCAACAGUGGCUGCCAGUGUCCCUGUCUUUGAAUGCUUUGGAUUUUACAACAUUGAAUCCCGGCGAACAAAUGAAACAGACCAUCAGGGUUUGCCCCAAGAAAUUGCAAGGCACUGCAUGAUACAAGCCAGGCUGCUUGCAUACCGGACAGAGGAUCAUAAAACGGGAGUUGGAGCUAUUAUUUGGGCAGAAGAAAAAUCAAGAAGCUGUGAUGGAACAGGAGCAAUGUAUUUUGUGGGCUGUGGUUACAAUGCCUUUCCUGUUGGGUCUGAAUAUGCCGAUUUUCCAAACAUGGAUGAUAAACAAAAAGAUCGUGAAAUCAGAAAGUUCAGAUACAUUAUACAUGCGGAGCAGAACGCCUUGACAUUCAGGUGUCGAGAAAUAAAGCCAGAUGAGAGAAGCAUGAUAUUUGUGACGAAAUGUCCAUGUGACGAAUGCGUCCCUUUAAUCAAAGGGGCCGGUAUCAAGCAGAUCUAUGCAGGAGAUGUUGAUGCUGGAAAAAAGAAAGCAGACAUAUCCUAUAUGAAGUUUGGUGAACUUGAGGGUGUAAGCAAAUUUACAUGGCAACUAAAUCCAUUGCACAGUAAUGCCCCUGAAUUCCAUGACCCCACAGCCAGGGAAAAUGGGGUCCAGAAAACAAAAUCACUAGAUGACCAACAGCACCAAAACAAGAAACUGUGUCUUGGUCACUACUGAAUCAUUAAGCACUUCUGCAGUCUUGCUCUGUACUUUUUAUAAUGCAGCCUGUUUGCACUUUCAAAUAAGGAAGAGUUUUAUUUAUUGUUUGGAAAGUGACUUUUAGAAUAAGUUUAUUUAUGAUGUCUUAAAUGUUUUACAGAAUUACCUGAAGGUCUUUUUAAUUUAGAAGUUUCUGGGGAAAAAAUGCUGCUUAUAUUUUCUGUGAAAGUAACUGGGUGGCUAAUCAUUGUUAACAUAUUAAAAAAAAUACU